AUGGCCUCCGGGACUGGAGGGCGCUGGGGUGAUUCCCCACCGCGAAGUGCAGCCCCCAUGCCCUGGGUGACGGUCCUGCAGCCCCUCCCGUGGGCCGUCCCACCGCCACCCCCGCAGCCUGGACGUGUGAAGGAAGACCUGAUGGAGCUGCUGCUGCUGCAGACCGCGCAGAUGCACCAGCUGAUCCUGGGUCGCCUGGUGGCAGCAGCGCUCAACCCCUGGCCCGCCUUCUCUGGCCCGCAGGUCCACGUGGAGGGUCCGACGGAGGAGAGGGAGGAGGAGGAGGACCUGGCGGCCCAGGAGGAAGGGCCCCUGGUGUUCCACCACCACUACCUGCCCGGCCCGCCGCCCUGGCCAGCGCCGUUCCUCCCCGCUCCCCCACCCCAGCCCCCCCUGCAGGAUGCACCCAGGAUCCCGCAGCGCCCUCCUGCCAGGAAAAGGGGGGUGAGAGCCGUGCCCCCACCUCCACCCCCCAGUGCCACAGGGACUGUGGGUGCGGAUGUACCCCCGGCUUCAGAUUACUACGAUGCUGAGAGCUUACUAUGAAGACAGACGCUGGCCCAGGGACCCACACCAGCUGCACUGCGAGGCUGGAUACAGCCCCCCGACGGCCCCUCUGGUGCU